GGUAUCAUAUUUCGUGCUACACGAGGCAUGCGAAUCCUUCUUAUUUCAGACUGUCUCCGAAAUUGAUGAUUCAGCUCGUCGUUGCCUCAAGUUGUCACAUGAUUGAACAACGCAUGAUGUGCACAUGUGACGAGGUACAAGUAGGUAAACUUGACGAGAAUAUGAACCGUCUAGUUGACAACGUCAUGUCACCGUUCGAUGUAUUUCGUGGCAAGACUGCCGAUUGAGGUGGAUGAUGG